AGAGGAAGAAUCACGCUGAUCAGCCUAACAUCAGUUCCUAUGAGACGGUCACACGCCUCCACGCUACAGCCUUCUGUACUCCGGCCCUUCCAAAGCACCCGCUUCUCUGCUGCAUUUAGACGUGACCAUGUCUCUUUAUUGUGGGAUAGCUUACAGGAGAAGUCCUUGUUGGCGCGCUAGACUGCUGUCAACCUAUAUCUCUAAGACCAGGUUUAUGUUUGAACUGAAGGAAGAUGAUGAUGCAUGUAAAAAAGCCCAGCGCACGGGAGCAUUUUACCUCUUUCAUAACCUGGUUCCUUUGCUUCAGAAAGCAGAGCAGCAGCAGCAGCCUUACCUGGCCCCCCAAUAUAGUCUAUUAGAAUUGGAAAGGCUCCUGGGUAAGUUUGGACAGGAUGCUCACAAAAUAGAAGAUUCCGUACUGAUUGGCUGCUCCGAACAACAUGAAGCCUGGUUUGCUCUGGACCUGGGUCUGGGCAGCCCCUCUCCCACAAGUGCUGCCUUACAGAAACCUGAAGUGGAGGCAGAGCUCAGGGGGUCCUUCACAGAGCUAAGGAAGGCUCUCUUUCAGCUGAAUGUGAAGGAUGCCUCCUUGCUGUCCACGGCACAGGCUCUCCUCCGUUGGCAUGAUGCCCAUCAGUUCUGCAGCAGAAGUGGGCAGCCCACCAAGAAGAAUGUGGCGGGCAGCAAGCGUGUGUGCCCUUCCAGUCAGAUCAUCUAUUACCCACAGAUGGCUCCUGUGGUGAUCACUCUGGUGUCAGAUGGGACCCGCUGCCUACUUGUCCGCCAGAAUGCCUUUCCCAAGGGGAUGUAUUCUGCCUUGGCAGGUUUCUGCGACAUUGAUCCAGCUGAACUUGAGAGAACUGGAGGCAGCUGCGUGGUUCAGUCAUGAUGAGGUGGCCAUGGCCCUGAGGAGAAAGGGCCCCUAUACCCAACAGCAGGACGGGGCCUUCCCAUUCUACUUGCCCCCCAAGAUAGCUAUUGCCCACCAAUUGAUUAAGGAAUGGUUAGAAAAAUAGAGCUGUUUUUCUUGUCUGCUUAGCCUUGAUCAAGCCAUCUACAUCUCUCCUGAGUACCUUUGAAGGGCAUACGAGAGAUCUGCUGAUAAAAAAGUGGAAACAAAGGUUAUUUCCAGGCUAGUCUCAUAAAACAGGGCAGAAUGUGAGCCUACCACAAACCACCUCUACCAGCAAUGUUAAUCAAGGUUCUUACUAAUGGGCCAUCAAAAAGGUUGUGUGAGAAGAAAACCUGAUUAGAUGUUAAGUGUCAAAAUCAGAAGGAAGAUUGAGGGAUUGAUUUUGUUCACCCAUUUUCUCCUUAGACCUUGGAAGCAAACCUGUUUUGGAAUGUGGCUUGUAAUGCUUGAAUUAUUCUGUCAAAAUGUGCCUCUGUAAUUUUGUUUAAAAUGUUUCUCUUGGUAUUGAAAAUCUAUAGGAAAUUCCUAUCCUUUGUACUUUGUAGAAUUCGAAUAGAACAGCUUAGUAUUUUUGAGUUACAACAUGGUAGUUAAAUAAAUAUAUUUGGUUAAGUCCCUUAACAAAAUGGCUAAGGUCUUCCUCUGCACUGAGGUUGAUACAAUGAGGUUCUCGAGAGGUAGUUAUUCUCAGUGCAGUUUUGUUAUUGCUCAGUUUGAGAACCAAGGAAAAGACCAUUACAUUGACAUGCCUGUUUAAAAUAGCAGCUGCCAUUUGUACAUGCAGUAAAUGUUAAUUGCCUUCAAUGAAGGGGUUAGUACCCAUACCAGUUAAAUAGGAGUCCUGAUAUUUCGUUAAGCCAUCUAAAGGGGAGCGCAGAGUGGUUCCAUUUCUUGAGUUUUAUGGCAUAAACUAAAUUUAGGAUUGCUCAUUGUUCACAUAUGCCAUUCUAUACCUUGUCAUGAGGCAGAUUAAUAUAUUUGGGGGAAAUAAAAACAUUUCCACACCUUG